AUGAGCAUGGACGCUGGCGGUCUCGCUCAGAUGACUUUUAACGGUUUCUCUUCCAACGGCCUUGGCGCUCCCGGCUCUGGCUUUGCUUCUAGAAACAGAGGAGCCCAUAACCACAAGCGCCUCAGCGUUGGCCUUCCUCAGCAUAUCAACCCUGCCGAGAACCACUCCGACUCAACCCCUACUCCUCGCACCUCGCGCUCCCACCUUCUCGCCGGUCUUCGUACCGCCCCAAAGACGCCGGCCGUCCCGGCUUCCGCUCCUUACAACCAACUGGACUACCAGUCUCAACUCACCACUGCUGCCAGCUUCGGCGGCAACCAAUACGGUGGUCGCCAGCAACACCAGCAGCAGCGUCAUCAGCAGCAGCAGCAGCAGCACAUGUAUUCGAUGCCCGAGCAGGUCUUGGCUCCUCCCACCUUCUACGGCCAGGAAGCUGAGAUGGACCCCAACGUCAUGGAACAGCUUCAGCUUACCAGCCUCUUCCUCGCUCAGCGCCAGCAGCAACUUCAGCAGCAGCUCGCUGCCAUCACUGCUGCUGCCAACACCGCUCAGUUGCAGGGCUUGAACCUUAACCAGUUCCAACAGCAAAUGCCUCAGGUCAACACCUAUGGUCAGCAGCGCGCUCAGCACCAGCAGUCGCCCAUCGAGGUUCCCGGCCAACCUGGUCUCUACCUUGUGUACAACCCCAUGACUGGCCAGUACCAGUACGCAGUCGACAACAACGCUCAAUCACCCAUGUCUCCCGUAUCGCAGAAUCAGAACGGCUUCUUCAAUGUUGAUACUCCUCAGAAACAGCAACAGCCUGUCUUCCGUGCCGAGAUCUCGCCGCCACCCACUGAGCGUCCUACGCCAACCGGUUCUCGCUCCAUCACCCCUCCCAAGAAGACGUCCUCACCCGCAUCGAACCUUGCUCACGUCGAGCCACUGCCUCCUCCGUCUGCCAACGCCUUCCGCCGUGGACACAAGAAGGCGUCUUCUCUUGCGAUCAACGCAUUGACUGGAGCAUCUGAUGGCCCCAAGACAAGCAGCGUCGCCACUUUCGGCUCUGCCAGAACAGUGUUCCCACCAACCCCAAUGACCGGUACCUUCGGACCCGGUGCUGCUCGCGCUGGAGAACACCCUGUUCGUCAACCUCGCGGCCCACCUCCGCUUGAAGAACUGAUCGCUUUGCCCACAAGCAAGCAUGAAGGCAGCAAGAAUUUCGCAACUCGCCAACGCCGCCGUGCCCUCGAUAACCUCGUUCGCGCUGGCUCGUUCCGUCGCGCUGUCAGCGGCUCCCCUCGCGGCAGUCCUAUCAGCGAACGUGAGCUCCACUUCCAAUCGGAGGAGGAUGAACCCUGCUUCCGCAAGCAGAGCCCUAUCGGCAGCGAGCGCAAUGCCAAGAGAAGCUCCAAGGACAGUCUCGAGGGCCUGGGCGCAGGUGGUGCUGUUCAGACUCCGGUCAGCGAGAAGGGAGACGCCUUCGACAUGGGAUCGUUUGCCAAGCAGCUUCCCAGCCCUAUCCAGCAGGGUCUCGGUCGCAGACACAUGAUGUUGGGCGUUCUCAGCGCUGCUGAGAAGAGAAAGAGCAUGUUCUAG